CUGAGUGAAAUCGCGCAUCACGCUUGCGCUAGCGUUCUCAGAACACGUGUUCUGCGUUCGUAUCGUUCGUAUUAAAAGGCCGCGGGUAAAUUGAUAUUGAUCUCGUAGAACGCUACAAUGGGUCGAAAAAUACCAGGAAAGAAGCACAGGACGAUCAAGGAUCCGGAGAAACAACGAGCAAAAAGAUGGGCCGAGUUAAAAACAAAGAUCAACGAGCCACCGAAGGACGUAAACGAGCAGGCAAUUCCGAAGAGUUUAGAACGUGUAAUGAAGUUGAAGGAAGCAGUUAAAUCAGGAAAGAUAGUGGCGAAAAAACGGAAGAGAAAGAGCAAAUCACAAAGUCGUUUAAUAACAUUGGGUUCGCAAAAUCCGACGAUGCAUCCAAACGCAAAACCUGAAAAAUCGGUUCCAAUAUUCAACCAAAAUCCUGGAGAAUCGAACAGUGACUUUUGGAAUCGUGUCAAUCGCGAAACUCAUCUGUUCCUCAACGAAACAACGUUCGAAAAGAAGUACAACGUUGAGAUCAAAAGAAAUCCUGAGACAGGAGACAUCGAGGGAGUUCAAAAAGCUCCUAAAGAUGAAAUAGACGAGCUCAUGAAAUUGCAAAUGAAAUACAAAAAUAUAGGUAAAAAGAAGAAAAAGAAAAAUCUCAAAUCCUCAGAGAUUGAACCAAAACUUACCAAAGUACAAAAGAGAAAGUUGAAAUUAAAAAUGCGAAAGGAAAAGAAGGAUCAAGACAAAAUUGACAAUUCUUACAGCAUCAGAGAAAAAAUAGAAUUUGGAGACAUAGCUCAUGCUCCACCUGAUCUCAAAUUGAAGCCUUUGAAACCGAGAGAGGAUAGAAUGCCUGGUAAAAAAGAUUUGCUCCUUAAUUCUCUUUUAACUUCGAAUCAUAGUCCAAAAGAAACAAAAACAGGAAGGAUUAAAAUCGAUAAAACUGGCAAGAGAAAAGAUCUUCCAAGCGCCGAGAGGAGAAUACUGGAGAAACAGCAAAGCGAUGUGAUAGCUGCUUAUAGAUUAUUGAAAACUCGAAAUGCUCAAGCAGAGUAAUCAAUAAAAAUAUAUUUUUAAUGA